UUAAUACGUGAGCUUGGAUCCUCUUGGUGUACGUAGUGUGUCGAAACUUGAAAUUUGCAUGUCAGUUUCUGCCGGCAAGUUUGCAUUAUUUGUUUACAAUGAACUCGUGGCUGCAAUAUAUCACCUCCAUUCCGAUGCAUAUGGACUACGAGGGCCAGGGUCGAGCAGAGAGGGUGUCAAGGAUCAUCAUAACGCUUUUCGGAGUAGUUGGAUUAAUAUUGGGCUACGUUCUCCAACAAUUUUCGCAGACAAUAUACAUGCUUACAGCUGGAUUCGUGAUGGCUGCUAUAAUUACUCUGCCACCGUGGCCUAUGUAUAGACGUAAGCCCGUGGAGUGGCAGAAACCACAGUUAGAAACUACUGUUAAGCAGAAGAAGAAGAAGUAAUUCUUAUGUGCUUGCUAUUGUACUUAAGAAACUUUUAUUACAGUGUGUUAUGUAAUAUUUGUUGGUAUACAGGAAAGAUAAAAUUUCUUCUCGUUAUUCUGCAAUGAAACUCUGUUGCGAUUAAAAAGCAAAAGCAAAAAGUUGUUCUCGACAACUAUAGCUGUUAGAAUUUGAAAAGAAACAAAUGAAAAGAGUACAAUUUCAGAAAUUCUAAUGACUGAAUAAACUGAGUGGGAUCUCAGAUUUAUAUCCACAGCUUGAUGCAUUUUGAACAUUAAAUAAAUAUUAAUAAUUGAAAAUGAAUAAAUGUAUUUCUUUUGUGUAUUCAUAGAUCUGAAUUUGUAUUACAUUAAAAUUAUAUUCCUUUCUUUACACUCGCAAUGUUUAGUAUCUAAUACUAGAGUGCUCAAGGUGAGGGACUCGAUGGGACAAACGAUGGCAAUACGACGUAAAGAGAGAAGAAACACAGCUAACGUUUCGUAAUUCCUAACAUUUUCUCGUCUGAUUUCAAUACCCUCGUAAUACGAUGUCAUUCUUGAGAUAUUUCCAUCGAAUCUCGUUUAAAUUCCGCGCAAGGAAAUGUGCGAAAUCGACUUGUGUCAGUUUCGCUUUUAUACAGCUGUUAGAGAAUGAAGGGCCAACAUUGUUGAAUGGUCGUUGCACCGCUAGAAACGCGGUUUCUAAUCGGUGAUGCCACACCAAUGAAAUAAAAUGUCUCUCAUUAACAAUUUCCGUCUAACCGAUCAGCGACACGAUCUCUGUCACGAACCACGAUGUUAAUUUCGAUUGAAACCUCUUCCUGUGAUUGAGAUUCUCCAAAAGGGAAGAACGUGAAAGAAUUCUGACAUCAUUUCGCACCAAGAAAUAAUUUUAAAUAUUAUUUACUUUAUACUUAAUCCUAUUUCAAUAAUAUAUUCGUUAUGUGGUACGACAUAAAAAUGGCAGCAAUCUUUACAAAAUUUGUCGAUAUAUUGAUGGACAUAUAAAAUAUAUUCAAUAAUUCUUUAGUGUUUUAAUUAGAUCUAUAAUGUACUACGUACAAAAAAACAAUUUUAGGAAUAUAUUAGAAUUAGAAUUGCCAAU